AUGGAGGAGUAUAGAAAACUUAAUAUUGAGCAAAGUGAGUCAAACUUGGAAAGAUACACAUUGUAUAUCUCCACUCAUUUUGUACUGAGUGCUAUGGCAGAGAUUCAGAUCUAUGAAGAUGUGAUAGUGGAUAGGAUGGGUGUGGGUGUUAGAGACUCACGUUUGCAAUCAAAGUACCAGAGAAGGAGGUGAAGUCUCAACAUGGCAAAAACCUGCAAUAGAAAUGAAGAGAUGCCUUUGAAGCAAGGCAAGAUGGCAAAUGAAGAACAGUCACAGGAUGAAAGAAAGCCAGAAGCAGUCUGUACUCCAGAAGACAAGGAGAAAUUGGAAAAUGGUGGAAAGACACAAAACAGAGGAAACAGAGAAAAUGAGGAAAUGCUGAAGGAUAAGGGAAAGCCAGAGAGCAAGGGAAAGUCAAAGAGCGAGGGAAAACCAGAGAGUGAAACAAGGGCUGCUGUAAAGUGUCCAGCUGAGGAUGAUGUACCCAGGAAAGCCAAAAGAAAAUCCAACAAGGGGCUGGCUCAGUACCUCAGGAAGUAUCAAGAGGCUGUACACAAUAUGCAUUUCAGCAAUGAGGACAUAAGAAAAUUUGACGAUAUGGCUAAAGUGGAGGAUGGCUCAAGAAAAAGCAGACAAAAAUUAGGGGGGAUUUUGUGGGUGCAAAGAAAUUUACAGGACCCCUUCUACCCAAUGGGGCCAAGGGAAUCCAGGGGUGGCUGCAGGGCGCCAAGAAGGAACACUGAAGACAUCCCUUAUGUGUAGUGGCUCUGGCAGGCAUUUGUCAGGCCCUGUAUUUUAGUCUUAUGCUAAUACUUCU